AUGCCUAUGAAUCGCCCACCCAUGCAUCGACCAGCUGACACCCGAGCAAAUCAACCCUUGCUCAAAGAUGAGCGCAGAGGACGGCUGUCAAACGCCAGCCUGGGCCAUGGGGAGGCAGAGGGCAGACCCAUGCUACACCAUUCGCGGCGGCCCACAAUCAGGGGGUUGAGCCCGGAGCGCAAUGCGGAGCAGGAGACACGGCGCAAAUACCUGAUUGCGUCGGGUUUUCUCUUGCUGAGUUUGACUAGUUUUGUCGUCCAGACCGAGACGGCGGUAUACAUUCAGCAUGAGUUGCACUGGGAUAAGCCAUACUGCAUGCUCUACCUCACACACGGUUCUUGGACUCUGCUUUGGCCGGCGCAACUUCUGAUACUCCGGUUGCAGCAACGGAAACUUUCGUGGACGGCAUUUUGGCGGCGACAUGUCUAUCUUCUUCGAUCUACAGCCAAAAUGGUGGAAGCUCAAGAUCUACACAUCACCUCCCGCGACUCCCAGCGCUCUCCAGUUCGAUACAUGCUUAGAACAACUGCGUUCGUCACUACUGCUCUUACCAUCGCCGGUGGCUCCUGGUAUGUUGCGGUCAACAUGACAACAGCCAGUGAUUUGACCGCGAUCUACAACUGCUCCGCCUUCUUUGCCUACGCAUUUUCCAUCCCUCUUCUCAAAGACAAGCUCCGGUUCGAUAAAGUAUUCGCCGUCGUGGUAGCAAUCGUUGGGGUUCUCGUUGUCGCAUACGGAGAUAGAGACGAGAGCAAGAAGACAGCCGAUGGCACGGUCGGCAAAGCGCAUGAUGAGGCAGAAAACAGACUUCUAGGGAACAUCAUAAUCGGAGUUGGUAGUGUACUCUAUGGUUUGUACGAGGUGCUCUAUAAGAGAUUUGCCUGCCCUCCGGAGGGCACCAGCGCCGGCCGCAGCAUGAUCUUUGCCAACACCUUUGGCAGCCUUAUUGGAUGCUUCACUCUUCUCGUUCUCUGGAUCCCGUUGCCCAUCCUUCAUAUCACCGGCCUGGAGACAUUUCGCUGGCCCACCGGCGAAACUGCAUGGAUGCUAAUGAUCUCUGUCCUUGCCAAUGCUACAUUCUCCGGUUCAUUCUUAGUCCUUAUCUCCCUUACCUCCCCCGUCCUUUCGUCCGUCGCCGCCCUACUCACCAUUUUCCUCGUCGCUAUCGCCGACUGGCUCCGAACCGGGCAGCCUCCCUCGGCCGCCGCCAUUAUUGGCGGCAUUCUCAUCAUCGGCGCUUUCUUCCUUCUGACCUGGAGCACAUAUCGGGAAAUGAAUGAAGAGCGGAAGAAAACCCUGCAGAAUGAUCAGACUGAGUCGGACAGUGAAGAAUAG